GGAUUAAAUAGCAGGAAUAGCCUGCCAACACCACAGCUGAGACGAACUUCAGGAGUUUCUGGCAUUCCACCUAUAGAAUCAACAUCAUCUAGAUGGGAACGGAGUAACAGCAAGAGAUCUCAUCAGGAAUAUAACACAUCAAGCCAAGGAUCUCAUUCAAAUGGGUCUUUUGGUGCAAACUUGCUGACAAUACCAAAACAAAGAUCAUCUUCUAUGACAUUGACUCAUCAUAUAGGUCCCAGACGAGCAGGUGCUUCUCCUGGCCUGAGUCCUGUGGGCUCACCUAGUCAUGGAUCUGUCUCCAGUGGGGCUUUCAGCAGCUGGUCACCUGUAGAAUUUCCUGAUACUGCUGAUUUUCUCACAAAACCAAGCAUUAAUAUAUAUAAGCCUCCAGGAUACACAUUUAGUUCUCCAGAUUUUCAGCAGCAAGUUAAAACACCUGUAGGUUAUAUGUGUAGCAGCUGUGGACGUCAGAUACUCAAGCCUGUUCCGACACCAGAACCAGAAUUUGCAGAAUAUAAAGACAGAAAAUCAGGUGAAAUUGGAACUGGUAGUGUUCCAAAAGAAUCUUUCCACUAUACAGAGAAGAAAAAAGAUGAAUGGAAGAAAAUGAUUGAUCAAACACAAAAUAAUCUGCUGGUGGAGCAGAGUCCUGCAUUAGAAACAAUGUUAUUAGAUCAUGAUUCACUAAUGGAGAAGAUGAACAAUUGGAAUUUCCAAAUUUUUGACCUUGUACAAGAAAUGGGAGACCAGUCUGGAAGGAUCCUUAGCCAGGUAACUUAUACGUUGUUUCAAGACACUGGUUUGUUUGAAAUUUUCAAAAUCCCAACUCAAGAAUUCAUGAAUUACUUCUGUGCACUAGAAAAUGGCUACCGAGAUAUUCCCUAUCACAAUCGUAUACAUGCCACAGAUGUUCUCCAUGCAGUAUGGUAUCUGACAACACGGCCUAUUCCUGGAUUUCAGCAAAUUCAUAAUGAGCAUAUAAUGGAAAGUGAUAUGGAAGAAGCCGGUGGUAUUUCCCCUGUUCAAGUCAGCUAUAUUUCUUCAAAAAGUUGUUCUAUUGCUGAUGACAGUUAUGGUUCUCUGGCAUCAAACAUCCCUGCUUUGGAAUUGAUGGCUUUAUAUGUAGCAGCUGCCAUGCAUGAUUAUGAUCAUCCUGGUCGAACAAAUGCUUUUCUAGUGGCUACGAAUGCACCUCAGGCUGUUCUCUACAAUGACAGAUCAGUCUUAGAAAAUCACCAUGCUGCUUCUGCCUGGAAUCUUUUCUUAUCACGACCAGAAUACAACUUUUUAUCAAAUCUUGAUCAUGUAGAAUUCAAGCGUUUUCGUUUCUUAGUGAUUGAAGCAAUCCUUGCCACAGAUCUCAAGAAGCAUUUUGAUUUCCUUGCAGAAUUUAAUGCCAAGGUCAAUGAUAUCAACAGUCAUGGUAUAGAAUGGAGCAAUGAAAAUGAUCGCCUACUGGCCUGUCAAAUAUGCAUCAAACUGGCAGAUAUUAAUGGCCCAGCAAAAGUUAGAGAGUUGCAUCUCAAAUGGACAGAAGGCAUUGUUAAUGAAUUCUAUGAACAGGGUGAUGAAGAAGCAAGUCUUGGAUUACCUAUAAGCCCCUUCAUGGAUCGUUCUUCUCCACAGCUUGCAAAACUGCAAGAAUCUUUCAUCACUCACAUAGUUGGCCCCCUUUGUAAUUCCUAUAAUGCAGCUGGGUUGCUUCCAGGGCAAUGGGUUGAUGAAGAGGAUGAUGAUGCAGAAAGUACUGAAGAUGAUGAUGGAGCACAGUUAGAGAGUGAUGAUGAAGAAAUGGAAGAUGAUCUUAUUUUAAAAGCUCAGAGAAAAAAAGGUAGACGAAUAUUUUGCCAGCUAAUACACCAUCUCAGCGAAAACCACAAAAUAUGGAAGAAAGUGAUUGAAGAGGAAGAAAAAAUUAAAGCUGAAGGAGCUAAACUGCUGACUGAGAUUUCAUCUUUACCUCAAGCAGAUGAAAUUCAGGUUAUUGAGGAAGCUGAUGAAGAAGAUGAGCGACAACUAGGAGAAGACAAGACGUGCUAAGAAAACUUCAGUGGUGUCCAGUAUAAUGAUAGCCUUUUUUUUUUUUUCCACUGUGCUGACUUUAGCCUGACACAGUUCACAUAAAAUUGAAAGGCCUUAAUACUGUGAGAGGAUUCUUUCUGCUCUAGUGGAAUCCCACUCCUAUGCACUUUCGCCACACAGAAUAUGAAACUUUAUUCAAAGAUCGAGUAUUGUAUACCCUGAUGCAAAGUUCUUUAUGCCUUAGUUGGUAUAAAAUAUCCUGAUAUAAUGCUGCCUUGCUGAAUAUGGAACUCUUAUUUUCCUUGAGGUACCUGCAAUUUUUAAAAAACAUUCAGUGACUUCAGUUACCAAAGUGGCAAGAACUUUUUGCUAACAAGGAAAUGUGGGAUGAAUCCUAAUAUUGUCUUGAGUUGUUUAUUUCAUGUUGUUUUUGAACAUGAAUAAGAAGUUGUCUGUGCCUAUAUGAAAACUAUGUUACUGUUGCAGUGCAAGCCUGUUGCGGGGUGUCUACUUAGUGCAGUAGUGUGCUUAAUGUAGUCAUCUCAGAGCAACUGUUCAAGGACUGUGACAUAAAUGCUUAAUUCUGAUAUUUGUGGUUUAAAAAAGAAAAAAAAUCCAGGUGCAUCUA